AUAAUGGAAAGCAACUCGGAUUGGAAGUAAUCGUAACUUACCUAAAGCACCAAGUCAAAAAUGUCACUUGUUGUUACCGCUUUUUGAACCUCACCUCGUCACUCUCUUCAUCGUGUGUUAGGGGCUUUAGUGAAUGCUUAUCCUCGCCGCUCGUUUCCUUUUCCCCUAAGGGCUUGGUGUUUUGUCGACCGCGAGGUUGUAUGAACUGCCAUAAUGACCUCCGCAGAUAUUACCAACGAUCACGAUGAAUCCCGCCAUGUAGACGAGUCUUCACCCCUACUUCGGAAUGGCGUCGAGGUUGCUGGGGACGUGUCUGUUCCCUCAGAACCACCGCACUCUGUGCCCAUAAGGCAUAAGCAGCGCAUCAUCAUCCUCUUGUGUGCUUUUGCCUUUACCAUGAUGCUUGGAGAUAAUUUACAGCCAGCCGCGCUGGUUCAAGUCUUCGAAAAUGUCAUUUGCGAUGACUACUAUAAGACAAACUCAUUACCUCCAGCCUCUAAUGGUACCUUGCUCAAUCCUUGCAAGGCGCAGCCUAUACAGAAGGAACUUGCCCUCGUUCGCGGCUUUCAGCAACUCGUUCCCAUCUUCCCGUCGCUGCUGUGCACCGUACCUUAUGGGCUGCUUGCGGAGCGUAUUGGUCGUAAGCGUGUGCUCAUCAUGAGCGGUGCUGGUGUUUUUUCUGCGCUUUCUUGGGUACUCGCUGUGUGCUACUGGCGGUUUGCUUCUAUCCGCUGGGCUUUACUGUCGGGCGCCUUUCUGUUCCUCGGCGGUGGAGAUGCCGUCAUUUCCACCAUUUUGCAUGUCAUGGUUACUGACACCGCCGAUGAUGCUGAACGCGCCCAGAUUUUCUUGUAUCUCCACGCUGCCGACGUGAUUUCGGGCUUCUUCGGGCCCGCCAUCAGUGGUCCGCUGAUGGAAAAAGGACAUACUUGGGUUGUUUUGCUACUAGCUGCGGGCACGCUUUUUUCUGGAGCGUUCCUGCUUACGAUAUUUAUUCCGGAAACGCUGAACUUAAGGAAGAGGUCUACUGAGCACUCUGCGCUACUAUCUGACUCUACGUCGCCACAAAGCACGGACUCGCUGCGUUCUGAAUCACCGACACCUACGAAAGUGUCCAAUUCUAUCAUUGGAGAAGCAUCUAACAUACUAAGUCCUUUACUUAGUGUGCUAGCAUCGAACCGACAAGCUUUAUUACUCCUUCUGAUCUUCUCACCUCAGACUGGAGCUCGAGAGCUUUUUACUCUAAUCGGAUUGCAGUACACCAAUGCUAAAUUCUCUCUCUCAUACGCUCGUGGCAACGUACUUCUAUCAAUUUUUCAAGGUGCACAAGGCUUAUUCGUUCUUACGAUCCUCCCAUUGAUCACGCGUCUAAUCGCCGAUAAACGGGGCUGGUCCGCUUGGGCGCGCGACCGCCUAUAUGCCAUCGUGUCUAUUGCCGCAACGGCAUUGGGCUUGAUGGUUAUAGGUGUUGCACCGGCUUUGGUUAUCGAGGCCCUCGGCCUUCUGUUUGUGGCAGUUGGCAGCUGUUCUACGGGGCUACUGAUGAGUUUGCUAGGUGGAGCGGUGCGGCCCAGCCAGGUAAGCGCAGUCUACAGUGCAGCGCAUAUGCUGAGUAUCGUGGUCCGGAGCGUGAUAGGACCAGUGCUGAGUGCGUUGUUGGUGACGGGUCUAGAGCUAGGAUGGAGUUGGAUGGGUCUGCCGUUUGUGACGAUGGCGCUAUUGAUGGCGGGUGCGGCAGUAGCCAGUAGCUUCAUUCAGGCAGAGAGAGUCACUGAUCUUGACGAAGAGUAAUACAUACCCGCUCCCGGUUCCUUCGACUAACUGCCUAGGUACCUGAUGUUUUCAGGGGUGAUUUAUUGCUAGCUUACGCCCCCGGAGGGGUAACAUUAUGUACAAGGGUUAAAGGUCAGGGGAACGAAUCGGGGCCAUUUCCACAACAAUCUGCUGACAUACGCCGCACUACCAGCCCGUGAAUCCACCUUGAGAUAUGUAGACAUUGAAUGAGGAUGACUGGAUUGUAGCACGUUAUUCGCCUGCUGAAUUAGCGAAGAUCAUCUAAGUUUUCAUAUCGCCGCCUCCCAUGGAAUUAAUGCAUAUCAAGGAUUAAGACAAGAUAAGGCUUACGGUCCGC